CAAAAAACAAAUAAACAAACAAACAAAAUAAAUCAAAACUAACAAAACAAAGGAAUAAAUUUUCAUAAAGGAAAUAACAUAUUAUCAAAUUAUUGUAAACUCAAUUAAAUUAUGAGUUUUAUGAUCGAGGAAUUCAAAAAAACGUUUUAAGAGAAUCAUUAACCGCUUUUUAAAAAUAUAAAAAAAUAAAUUAGGAAUAGCUCAAGAGAUUCAAGUAAUGAAAAUAAAUAAAAUCUACAUAAUGAUAAUACCCCUACAUUGAACACUAAUUUACUUAAUAAAAACAUUGCUUCUAAAUAAAAUCAGUAGAAAUUUUUUGUAUAUGUCAACUCUCCAAACAGUCCUAAUUCUUGCCCAUUAAAAGAAGAAUCUUAGCAAUGCCAGAAAGAAAAUAAUUUGAAAUAAAGCUAAAGAUUUUAAUAGCGAGGAUUUUAAAAACAAUCAAAUACUUUGUACACAGAUGAAAAUACACAACAAUCUUAACUGGAAGAAACUUUGAGUUUGAGCAUGAGUGAUUUAAAUACAAUACAGCCUAACAAUAUUACAUUAAAUUCAUUUAGAAAUAGCAUAAAUUCAUAAAUACAAUUCCAAAUACUUUAGAAAAAUUUACCUUAGAAAAAGGUAAUCAGCUAGCAUAGCUAGAAUGUAAUGCCUCUCCAAAACAAUUAACUUUACUUGAACUAAUAAGAGCAUUAAGAUUAAGAUAAAAAAAGAACUAAUUCUUACUUAAACACAUACAACAUUAAGAAAAGCUAGAAUAAUAAUACAUAGAUGAAUAAACAGUCUAGUAAAAAUUAAAACAAUACUAGCGAUGUUCAAAACUAUGAUGAUAAAAUUACACAAAAAUAGAUGAUUUAGAAGAAAUAUUUAAUUAAUUAUGAUACUGAAGAAAGUUUAGAUCUAAGAAAUACUUAAAAAUCAAUAUAGAAUGGAAAUAAUAAAAAUUUUAACUGCCAGUAAACAGAUUAUUAAGAGAGAGUUAGUAGCAAUAGCAGUGUGAAUAAUUUAGAUAAAAUAAAAGGUUUACAAACCAAUAAUAAAGGAUAUUCUCUAGCACUUAAUUCUGUAUAGUCGAUGUUGUAAAGUAAUUAGCAUUAUUCUACUUAAAGUAUCGCAGAUGGGAAUUUUAGUUUAGCUUCUUAUGGUUUAAACUAGUAUUACUUAUUGAACAUGCAUCACAUAGUUAGAAUUUAAAGAUUUUUUAAAAACAAAUGCAUCUAAAUCUAGUAAAGACUCAACUAGGCUUAAAAUUAUUAAAGACAAAUAAGAGUAGAGCAUAAUUUAUAAUAAGGAAAAGUGCAUUAAAAUAAUCUUAAGCAACAAUCUUAAAUAUGUGAAAGAAGAAACAGUGUACAAAAUAAUAAUGGAAGCACUUUUAUAAAUUCAUAUUAAUAGUAGUAGGAUAAUAUGUCAAAUAUGAAUAACGUAAGUAAUUCUUUUAACUUUGAGGUCGUUUCUUUUGGAUAAAAAGACAAUUUGUAUUAACCUAGCGAUAAAAAUAGUAGCUAGCAAAUUGAUUUAGGGUAUCAGCGUUAAUCAUAUUAAAAUUAAACUUUCGAAGAAGUAGAAGAAGUUGAAGAAGAAGUAGAUGAAGUUGGCGAUGAUGAUGACAAUAUAUAAACUCCCUUUCAUCACUAUCCUGGUAUAACCUAUAUUCAAUCUAGUGGUGGUUUUGAAUAGCAGAUUAAUUCACUAUAAAGGCUGUAAAGCGUUGAUAUUGAUAAUAUUUAAGGCAGAUUUGAUUAAGAAGAAGAUGUAAAUUAGCAAUGUACCAAUUAAUAGUAUAAUUCAAGCGAAAUGCAAAAGUAAAACAAUUAAAAUAAUUAAUAAACAAAACUAAAGAAAUAAGAAUCAUUUUCAAAUUAUUAAAAUUAAAAAAUAACCCAAAACUCUCCUAAGUUUCCUGUUAAUGUAGAUAACUAAUUUUUGAAUUCUAUUUCUUAGUAAUAAAAUGAAAAUUAGUUUAAAACUAAGUUAGAUAUUAAUGAUAAAGAAAAUCUCUUAUAGAUUUAGUGUUAGUAAAGCUAUAAACCUGAAAGUUAAUAAUCAACGACUUCAGCUUCUUCUUCUCAUCAUCAUUCUAUUGAAACCUUGAAACAGGAAAACACUAAGCUCAAGAAAAUGAUGUAUCAAAUGAAGUUAGACAUGAAGAGCCAAUUAGAAGAAGGACUCGUGUAAUAAAAAAAUUAAAUGAAAACAAUAAAUGAUGAGUACUUAUAAUUUAUUGAAAAAAUAAUGACUGAUAAAAAAGAGCUUACUAAAAAAUGCGAUAACCUCCUAUAAGAGAAUUAGCAAUUACUUUAAUAAAUUGAAAAGAAGGAGCAUAAUCAAUCUGAAAAAAAGGUAGUUUAGAAUGUCAACGAGUAGUUCCUUACAGCAGAGUUGGACAGUAAGUAGGAUGAGUCUAAUUAUAAUGAUUAACUGUUAGAAAAGCUAAAAAAUACACAAAUCGAAAAUGAAAAGAUAUAUGAUUCAUUUGUUAAAUAGCAAGAAUUUAUUCUGAAACUAUAAAAAGAGAAUGAAGAGUUGGUUUAAAAGCUACAAAAAAUUAAUGUUUCAUAAAAUAAUUAACAAAAGAGCAAUAAUGAUGAUGAUUAAUGCAAAGAUGAUUUGAUUGAGUAUCUGCAAAAUUAAAUUGAACAGUUAAAUUCUUAAUUGUAAGAGGAAAGACAGUAAAACGAAGAACUUCAAUCCUAAAUAAAUCAAUCAAAUACUAAAACCAACCAUGAAUUAAAUAAAUAGUUUUUACCAAAAGACUAUGAUUAAGAGUUUGAAAAUUUUAAACAACAAUUUGUUAGUGAAAUUUCGGAAAAGGUUGAAGAAUUGCAAAACUAGCUUGAAUAGGAAAGAGAAAAUGUGAAUAAGCUUUUGCACUCAUCAAAAUUUGAUGGAAAUGAGAUUGUUAAUCAGCUAAGAACUGAAAAUAAAAUGCUAAAGCAGCAGUUAAUAGAUAAUUAGUCAAAGAGCUGCCAAAAAGAAGGUAGUAGAAAUUAAAAUGAAUUUGAUAGUGUAAAAAUAAAUGAAUUGGAAACUCUUAUUUCUUAGAUGGAAGAAGAGAGAAAAUAAGCUUGUGAAAUGGUAAAGUUAAUGAAAGAAGCUCAUGAUAAAUUAAAAAGUAAAUAUGAAGAUGAAAUUAAGCAGCUAAAAGAAAAGCACUAAUUAGAAUUUUGUAAGUAUGAAGAGAACAUUCGCUAUACAAUAGAAAAAAAAGUAAAAAAUGAGCAAAUUUUCAAAUUUAAUUUAAAAUUUUUUUAAAAAUAAGGAUUAAAGCAUAUAAAAACUCUACUUGGUGAUUGA